AUGGCCUACAACCAGCAGCCCGGCUCGUAUCCGCCUCCUUAUGGCCAACAGCCCGGCUACAAUCCGGGGCCACCCGGCUAUAAUCAGGGCGGUGCUUAUCCGGCCUACCCCCCACAACAGCCAUAUCCGCAACAAGGCGGAUAUCCACAGCAGGGAGGAUACCCGCAGGGCCAAUACGGACAGCCACAGCCCCAAGUCGUGUACGUCGAACGACAAAACAAUUCCGGCGGCAGCGACAAGUGUUGCUUGUACGCUUUGCUGGCGUGUUGUGCUGGUUGCUGCAUAGCCGACUGCUGUGAU